AUGACAAGUUUAACAACAUUUGAAGAAGUAGCUUCUUGGGGAGUUAAUUUCGAUCGUUUAAUGAAAAAUAAACAUGGACAGAAAUAUUUUGCUGAAUUUUUAAAAAGUGAAUAUAGUGACGAGAAUAUAUUGUUUUGGCAAGCUUGUGAGGAGUUAAAAAGAGAGAAAAAUACAGAAAAAAUUGAAGAAAAGGCACGUAUAAUCUAUGAGGAUUUUAUUUCAAUUCUCUCCCCAAAAGAAGUUUCUCUAGAUUCUCGUGUUCGCGAAAUUAUUAAUCAAAAUAUGGUCCACCCUUCUUCACAUACUUUUGAUGAAGCACAGAAUCAGAUAUACACAUUAAUGCAACGGGACAGUUAUCCACGGUUUAUAGCAUCUGCUCUUUACAAAAGACUUUUAAGGUAA